UUACAUAAUAAAAAGAAGAAAUGAAAAAGGGAUGGGACCCACACUCUGCAAAGUGAAUAAGUGAUGUGUGCAGUUUUUCCAAAUACCCUUUUGCAUGGAAGUUGCCAUUAGUUCUUCAGAUUCGUCUCUUCUCUCUUCUCUUCUUAUCUUUUUAUUUAUUCAAAGAUUCUCUCUGAAAUUCAAGCUGAUUGAUUGAUUUCUCCAUCUCUUUUCCCAGCUAUCUUCUGGACUUCAAAUUUGAUGCAACUUUACCUCGCUGAACUGGGUUUUCUUCCUUUUCAGGGAAAGGUUAAUUCCUGUUUGGUUAUAAAGAGUGAUACCCAACAUAUAAAGCUGAGAAAAUGGGGGCUUCCAGCUCUAGGAUAGAAGAAGAUAAGGUCCUGCAGCUAUGUCGUGAAAGGAAGAAGUUUGUUAGACAAGCACUUGAUGGCAGGUGCUCACUGGCAGGUGCGCAUAUUGCAUAUGUCCAGUCACUGAGAAAUACGGGAACUGCUCUGAGGAAGUUUGUUGAACCUGAAGGUCCAAUUGAAUCUUCUUUGUACACUUCUACUAAUGCAACUCCUGAGCCACUUGCUUUUACUGAAAAGUCUCUUUCCCAGUUCUCAUUUUCCUCUCCAACCUUUUCACAACGGGUAGAUGCAACUGAAAACCUUUGUCCAUCUCCUUCUCCUCCUCCCUCAAGUCAAUUUCAGGCAAGUCACAUGAAAUUUAGGGGUAUAUCAUCCAAAAAGGUUGAAGAAAAACCUCCUUCACCUGUUAUUGGAACACUAACAUCAUCAAGCACCCCACAAAAUAGCAAACCUCAUUACACUGAAAAACAAGAGUCUUCACUAUUUGAAGAAUCUGCUAUCCCAUCAGUAACUCCACCAUGGGAUUACUUUGGUCCUCUCCAUCCGAUUGACCAUCAAUUUUCUUUUAAAGAAGGGAAGGGGAUGAACCAAGGGUUUGAGAAUGUUGAUGAUUUAAGAAAGCCUAGGGAAGAGGAGGGAAUUCCUGAGCUGGAAGAUGAAGAAGGGAAUGCUUCUUUCCGUGGAAGGGAAGAGUCCCUAGAUUCAGAGGAUGAAUUUGAUGAGCCUUCUGCAGAUACUCUAGUUAGACGUUUUGAAAAUUUUAACCGGCUACAUGAUCAUAAUGCACCUAGUGCUUCACCUACUAUGCCUUCUGCUGGUAGUGUAGCUUCAGAAAGUGAAUUCAUGAAUGGGGAAAAAAGCAACUCUCCUGAUUUAUCACCAGUGAGAGCCACUUCCUCGAGAGCUUCCCUUCCAUCUAAUAUAAAGAAAACACCAGUGAAGGAAGAUUGUAUUGAAAAUAAGGUCACCCCUAAGGACUUCCUUUCGAGCAUGAAAGAUAUUGAACAUCUCUUUAUUAAAGCUUCUGAGUCUGGGAAGGAAGUUCCGAGGAUGCUUGAAGCAAAUAAGUUGCAUUUCCGUCCAAUAUUACCAGCAAAAGAAAGUGGAUCAAUGGCAUCCACAUUCUUCAAAACUUGUUUCUCCUGUGGGGAAGAACUUAGCGAAGUUCAAGAAGAGCCUGCUCAAAAUUCUGUAAAGUACUUAACUUGGCAUAGGACCGAAUCAUCUCGAUCAUCUUCAUCCAGGACUCCUCUUGGUUUGAAUUCAAAAGACGAGGUUGAGGACCUUACCAGUAAUGUUUUUGAUAGUAUUCACAUGAUCUCGAGCAGUCAUGCGUCAACCUUGGAUAGACUAUAUGCAUGGGAGAGGAAGCUUUAUGAUGAAGUAAAGGCUAGUGAGAUGGUCAGAAGAGUUUAUGACUCAAAGUGUAAAAUAUUAAGACAACUGGAAUCAAAAGGAGAAAGUCCCACCAGAAUUGAUAAAACACGCGCUGUUGUUAAAGAUCUACACUCAAGAAUCAGAGUUGCAAUUCACAGAAUUGAGUCGAUAUCAAAGAGGAUUGAAGAACUACGGGACACAGAACUCCAACCGCAACUGGAGGAGCUGAUUGAAGGGUUAAGUCGGAUGUGGGAAGUAAUGUAUGAAUGUCACAAGCUUCAGUUUCAUAUUAUCUCAGUAGCUUUCAACAAUGGCAACAGCAAAAUCUCCAUACAGUCAGAUUCACAUCGGCAGAUCACCAUUCAUUUAGAAAGUGAACUAAGCUCUUUGUCUUCGAGUUUUACAAAAUGGAUUGAAGCUCAGAGUUCUUAUCUUAAGGCCAUAAAGUCUUGGCUUUACAAAUGUGUCUAUCUUCGUCAGAAGUAUUCUAGGAGAAAAAGGCCGUUACCAGCCCCCCCUUUGCGAAACUAUGGCCCUCCAAUAUAUGCCACUUGUGAUGUCUGGUUGGAAAAGCUGGAUGAAUUGCAUCGCGAGCAUGUCACUAAUUCUAUCAAGAAUUUAGCAGCAGAAACAAUUCGCUUCCUGCCACACCAAGACAAGAAUCAAGGGAAGAGUGCCACCCAUCUUUCAACAUCCUGGAAUGCUGAUAAUGGCAGUGAUCCGGCAAUUAAUAUAAUGACAGAUGAAGCUUCAGAGGAAUGGAUUUCAGGUUUCGACCGUUUUCGAUCAAGCCUGGUGAGAUUUAUUGGUCAGUUGAACAACUUUGCUAAGGAUUCAGUUGAUAAGUAUGUAGAACUUUUGCAAGCCAUCAAAGAUGCUAAGAAUAAUUACGCUGAGAUGAUUAACCGAGACGCUAAGAGUAAUGCUGAUCAGGUACGUAGUAGUAAUGGUCAGUUGCCGUCACAAUCUUGAACUUUUAACUCUUAAAUGAAGUUGAAAAUGGAGAGAAGGAAGAAGUUUCAUUGCUAUAGCCGAAAAACAGAAGCAUUUUGAGGUCCCAGCUGAAUGGCAAUAAUUUUAGUUUUUAAUUUUAUCUUCUGGGAGAAAAGAAUAAAGGGAUCUUUGUUAAAUGGAAGGAUAAAAUACAGGAAUGUGAAAAGUAUGAGGUGAUGUGUAAAAAUUUAGCAUAGAAAGUAGCAUAAAUCUCCAAUGCUAAUAUCAAGUUUCAUAAUGUUGUUGUAUAGACAUGCAGUGCUUUUUGUCAAAUAAUUAUCUUGUUUUUAUAGUUA